AUGUUUUCGGGGAAACAGUGCGUCGCCUCUUUCAGCGAGUACGAUUUUUUGAAAGAAGUCGUUUCCAAACUUCCAGAUGUUGACGCCCCGGACUCUCCUGAUGACGCCCCAUCCGGUCGCGCGAAGAGGAAGCUGUCCGACGAUGAUCAAGAAGAUCCUGUUUCUCCGAAAUUUAGGGAAUCGAAGGGGACUAACCGUGGGAGAUCAAACGGCUGCAACGAAGUGGUGAAUGCGGAAGUCAAGUUAAAGAACGGCAAUCCAAUCUCAAGUGCAAGAGCUGAAGGCUCCAGUGGCUCUGGUUCAAGGAAGCGAGAUGAAGCGGAUGAUCUCAGCAAGCCAACAAAAAGGUCAAAAGCUCUGUCCGACCAGCCAAGGCCGUUUAAGGUGCUUUGCAAAGUGAAGAUUCCGAGGAGAAAUGACUGCGAUGCUGAGGAGACUCCAAUUGCAAUUAAUGAGCCAAAGGUGGAACACCUUCGAGCAGUGAAGACAGAAGCAAGACCAGUCAAGAGGGAAGCUGACUCGAAUGCAGAAGUGAAGGCAGAAGCAAGCCCGCGUGGGUUUGACCUCAAUUUUGACUUGAACGCGGAGCCACCUGAAGAUGCAGCAUGCAACAAGGAUGAUAGUAGCAAUGGUCAGCCUCCUGGAGAGUCGAAUAGCAAUGACGAUGAACCUCAUGGUAUUGACUGCCAAGAGAAACCAACUGCUGUUGAUAGUGGCCCUUGCCAAAAAGCUCUUGUAGAUGCUCCCCUCCUCAGAAACUGUGCUAAUUACGAUAGUGAGGAUGACUACGACUGUGAUGGCGGGGCGUAG